GUGUGGGAGUCACUUCGGGGCUCUCUGCCAACUCCCCCAGCACUUCUGGUAGCAGCACCCUGUCACCUUUCCAGCAUGCCCAUAAAGAGCUCUCUGGCCAAGGACACCUGGCCACCGCCCUGAUCAUUGCCAUGUCCACUAUCUUCAUCAUGGCCAUUGCCAUCGUCCUCAUCAUUAUGUUCUACAUCAUGAAGACGAAGCCUUCUGCCCCAGCCUGCUGCACUAGCCCCCCUGGAAAGAGUGUGGAAGCACCUGUGAGCAAGGACGAGGAGAAGAAGGAGGCCCCAGACAGUGUGGUGAUUUUCUCUGAGAAGGAUGAAUUUGAGAAGCUGACAGCAACACCAGCAAAGACUACCAAGAGUGAGAAUGAUGCUUCCUCAGAGAACGAGCAGCUGCUGAGUCGCAGUGUGGACAGUGACGAGGAGCCAGCCCCCGACAAGCAGGGAUCCCCAGAGCUGUGCCUGCUGUCACUGGUUCACCUGGCCAGGGAGAAGUCUGCCACCAGCAACAAGUCAGCUGGGAUCCAGAGCCGAAGGAAAAAGAUAUUGGAUGUUUAUGCCAACGUGUGUGGUGUUGUCGAAGGACUCAGUCCCACAGAGCUACCAUUUGAUUGCCUGGAGAAAACAAGCCGAAUGCUCAGUUCCACAUACAACUCUGAGAAGGCUAUUGUGAAAACAUGGCGCCACCUUGCAGAGAGCUUUGGGCUGAAGAGGGAUGAGAUUGGGGGCAUGACAGAUGGCAUGCAGCUGUUUGACCGCAUCAGCACAGCAGGCUACAGCAUUCCAGAGCUGCUCACAAAGCUGGUGCAGAUCGAGCGGCUGGAUGCUGUGGAGUCAUUGUGUGCAGACAUACUGGAGUGGGCAGGGGUUGUACCACCUGCCUCCCCAGCCCCUGCUGCAUCCUGA